AUGGAUCGAACAUCUGAGCGGCCGGCCAAACGGGUGCGGCAAGCAUGUGAGCCAUGCAGGCGCAAAAAGGCAAAAUGUCCGGGGGAGCAACCAAUCUGCUCUCUCUGUGAACGUUUACGGCAAAGAUGCGCGUACGCUGAAGAACGACGCAGGUCGGCGGCGAGUCCUGCUCUGGGAGAACCAAUUCAUGGGACGACUACCCCAGAGAUUCGAAUAUCUCAGACCCUAGAGGAUCGUAUGGGAAGUCUUGAGGCUAAAAUGGGACAAGUCCUCGAUGCCUUGGGACGAAAUAUCUCACAACCUGAGCAACGGCAACUGAGCCCUCUUCAACCAGCUGCUAUAAAUUCCUCUCACGUACCAUUCGCAUUGAACUCACCCACUCCACUUCCACCGUGGGAGAAAGUACAAUCCAUCGCUGAGUUAUAUUUGAUCUAUUGUGACUCUCAACCUCUUCCACUAUUUCACCGAGACAGCUUUCUCGGCACUCUUGGUAGUCGUGACCCUGAAAUCAUCUAUGCUAUUCUUGCUUUAAGCAUUCGAUUCUCGGAUUAUUCCUACAGAGAUACAGCAGACCUCGUUAAUACUGUCAAUGGGUACGCCGAAGUUGCUAGAGGGUUAGUCACGAGGAGAAUCUCAGAAGGGCCUGUUGAGCUUUCGACUCUCCAAUGCCUUUGUCUUUUGAGCCUGGUAGAUUUCACGAAUGGAAAUACGCAUCGCUCAAGUAUCCAUAGCAGCCUGGCAAUGAACCUGGCACAGUGUGCUCGUCUCGGCUCAGAAUCCCAUAAUGCGUUGUCCUCAAUCAUCCGUGAGGAACGCAAGAGGUGUUUCUGGAGUAUCUGCCUCCUGAAACGUCUCCAUGGUGGUGAAUUCACCAACCUUGACUUCCCAGAUGGGGGUUUCCCGCCGUAUCCAGAAAGCCCCGAAAGGCCCCCACAGCCGUUUUCGCCAGACGGCUCAAUUGACGGAACUAGAUCCAGUGACAUGCAGGAUCAAGGUAUCGUCGCUUAUGUGAUUAUACUUAGCGAAGUCUUCGCAAAAACGGCAAGAUAUGUACGACGUCACGGAAAGCCAAGCAACAUACCGCCAUGGUCUUCACAAUCCGAAUACUCCAAAAUAAUAACUUCACAAAUGGACAUGGAGACGCGCAUGCCUUACACUCAUCGAUUCAAGCCUGCGAACCUGGGCAACAAGACACCUGAAGAGCUUCAAGCUAAUAGGGGAUAUUGGGGCCCAUGGUUUCUCAAUCAAUUCUUAUACCAUACGAUCUUAUGUCUUUUAAACCAUCCACUCCUUCUCUCGUUAAGUUUGCGGAACUUUCGAAGUACAAUUCCCGAAAUCUUUCUACAACAUACUUCUGAUCUGAUUUCGUCACAUACAACUUGGAUCGUCUACUUCAUCGAUUACUUCGAAGAGAAAUCCUUCAUGGUAUCAGAUCCCAUUCUGGGAUAUAGUGCAGCGGUCGUUGCCACUAUAGAACUACAACUUAGCUUUACAGAAGACCUCACGAUUCGACAGCAAAAGCAAGACCGCUUCUCCAAAUGCGUUCGGUUUGUUCAAAAACUUGGACAGAAAUGGCCUCACAUGGCACGACUGGCCGACAGGCUACAAAGCUUAGAAGGUGCUGUUUCAGCAUCCUACCAGCCUGACCCAGGGGCUCAGAACAAAAGCCUACUUAUUGAUCUGUCGCGUUUCUGGGAAAUUCUAGAAUACUCUUCCAACAGUGACGCCGAUUCUGCUCGUCGACUCUUCGGCGAUACGCUUUACUCGGGCCCACACGCAUUCGCUGCCGAAGUUUCACAGACAUCCCCCUUGCCAGAGCCAACUCGGCUUAACUUGCAACAGAGACAGCCGCAAUCCCAGUUUCACGGAUAUAACCUUGAUACACCCAUUCCUGCCGAGCCAGAUUGCUCUAUUGAUCCAGGAGCGUCUCCGAGACCUUUGGAUAUGCUGAACGAUGAAUUCUCAAUACUCGCGGAGAAUUUCUUCUCCCAGGGACAAGAAUUUCUUCGGGGCGGAGAUAUUCGAGAAGGCGUCGGGAAUUUUUAA